UUGCCGGCACUGAAUUCCGUUUGGGUUUACAAAGAACUGAAGAUGCGCCCCUCAUUAAUCAGUAAAUCAAAAGCUCAUAUCUGAUCCUUUUCUAACUAAAUUCUGGAGCUGAAUGGUGCCGUGCGCGUCCACUUUGUGGUUAUAAUGUGGUAAGCAGUCAGAAGUCGACUUCGUAGAAACAAAGGGCCUUUCAUUUUCCACUGCAGGUGAAAAAUACCAGCUGGGCGAUGAACAAUCUUUAAGGGCACGUUUCUGAUCCUGCUCGGAAACCGUGCUUAUGAGCAUUUAUAGACUGAAUACUUGCACUAUGAAACAACCUUCUUUUGAAACAACUAUCGAGUGCAUCCUCAAUCUCAGUUUAAUACACGUCCCCGUAGUUUCCCCCGGGGCACCGCUCACUGGGUCGACUUUGUCAGCACCUAGGAGGAAAGACGGCACACAUUUCCUGAGGCACCACCGGGGCUUUAAAUGCAGGAAGUGACGUCUGAUGCAAGCCGUCUAUCUGCCGGCUGUAUUACGUAGCCCCGUUCCACGUCUCUCUGCGCCCGGUGAGGUGACUCUGAGCUGGAAGAUGGCUGCGGUGGUCCGUCCGCAAGUGAAGGAGGGAGUGCGGAUCGCGCUGCUUUGUGUGUGCUGGUAUGCUGUCAGCUCCGGGGGAAACGUCAUCAACAAAAUCAUUUUAAAUGGAUUCCCCUACCCGGUUACCGUCUCCCUGUUCCACAUUUUAUCUAUCGUCUUCUUCCUCCCUCCUCUGCUGCGUGCAUGGGGGGUACCUCAAACCGAGCUGCCUGGCAGAUACUACCGGUGGUUCAUCUUGCCCCUAGCCUUCGGGAAGUACUUCGCCUCGGUGUCGGCGCACUUCAGCAUCUGGAAGGUACCAGUCUCCUACGCGCAUACAGUCAAGGCCACCAUGCCGAUCUGGGUUGUUCUCUUGUCCCGUCUCAUCAUGAAGGAGAAACAGACGACGAAGGUGUACCUGUCUUUGGUGCCCAUAAUAGGAGGUGUGCUGCUGGCCACGGUGACCGAGCUGUCCUUCGACCUGUCAGGGCUGAUCAGUGCCUUGGCCGCCACUCUGUGCUUUUCUCUCCAGAACAUCUUCUCCAAGAAGGUGCUGCGAGACACCCGGAUCCACCACCUGAGACUCCUCAACGUCUUGGGCUUCAACGCCGUCUUCUUCAUGCUGCCCACCUGGGUCCUGGUGGACCUGGCCGCCUUCCUGGUGGACACCGACCCGACAGGGGUUUCAGACUCCUCCUGGACCUUGCUGCUACUGGUGAUCAGCGGGUUCUGCAACUUCGCCCAGAACGUCAUCGCCUUCAGCGUGCUCAACCUGGUCAGCCCGCUCAGCUACGCCGUGGCCAACGCCACCAAGAGGAUCAUGGUGAUCAGCGUCUCCCUGCUGAUGCUGAGGAACCCCGUCAGCUCCACCAACAUGCUGGGCAUGAUGACCGCCAUCCUGGGAGUCUUCCUCUACAAUAAGGCUAAAUACGAUGCAAAUCAAGAGGCCAAGAAGAAACUGCUCCCCGUCUCCAAGCAGGAUCUGGUUUCCUUCAAUCACGGGAGCGUGACCCUGGAGAAAAUGCAGCCCAACGGGACCGGCCCCUUCCCCCAGACCUCGGACUUCCAGUACGGCAGGAGUAACGUGUUGACGGAUCACUUCCAGUACAGCCGACAGACCUACACAAUGGGGUACGGAUCCAACCAGUAUGACAUUUAGGCUGGGCCACGUCGGCCCUUGUACUGGAGCCCCGUCGUCUUCAGCGCGGUUGGAAACCUUCCGAGACGGGAAAGGGAAAGGAACGCCAGUAUUGGGAGGGGCAGUGUGCACGUGGCCAAGCUGUCCAGCGACCGGUCAAUUUGUUUUUCUUCAAGCGGUCUUCAAGCAAGGCGUCAUUGCCUCCCCUCUUUUCCUGUCCCGAGACGGUUCUUCACCCGUUUCAUUUCACUGACUGCAAACUAACACAUCUUGUACUGGUGCUUUGCGCCCCAGUGUCAUUUCUGAACUGGGAGGACACCAACCAGUGACUGUUUUACUGUACAAAGAAGGUCCAUCUUUUUGACAUGCCAGUGUCCUUGCAGAAGCAUCACGUCGCUUGUCGGUGGGGAGUGAGGUUGAUGUUUGCAAUGCUUCUACUUGUACCCUCUUCCUCCCUCUUAUUUUUUUUUGCAAAGAAGUGAUGCUUUGAUUCAAGAACAAAACCUGUCUCUGGUUAUACAGUGGCUGUGCCGAACAGUAUCAUGCAAAACGUAUCGUGUUUACAGAAGAUAGCUGCAGGUGUCUUGAUAGAAAAGUAAAAUACAAAUGGUCGUUGUGGCAGAUCUUUUUUUUUUUGUCUUUCUCACAUAUUUCUCCUGUUUUUUUAACACAGCUGCCUUGUAAGCAGACAGGCAGGAUGUUUACAGUGCAUUUAGCCUUUGUUUCGUAGACGGUCUUUUUCGUGAAGACGCUUGGUGGAAUUCCUCGAGUUACAGGAGAAUAAACCACGUGGAUUUGUAAGCCGUAAAUCUGAAGGAGGUUUUCCGGUUAUCGUAUCCCUUCCCCCUGCUCCCCAUCUUUAUAACGAAGGACCUGUUACGUGGGCCCCAGUGGCACACAGUCUGUGCGUGAGUGUCCCCUGUGACGUAGGUCGCUGUCCUGCUCCGAGCGGAAAUGAAAAGCACGCUUAGGAGAGGAGGAUGGAUGGAGGCUUUAAUUUGCGUUGACAAAAUAAAUAUUUGCUGACUUGUCAAAACACUUGACCACAAAGCCAGCUCAGUAUGGGUAUGAUGGAGAGUUUCUUGUUUCCAAAUAGCAUUGUGUAUGAAUUGCAAUCGGCCAGUUCAUGAAAUGCGUUUCUGAUAUCGCCUGUGCUGCUUUUUUUUAACCCGAUAAUAGAGGCUCACCAUGUUUUAUUUCAAGGCAAAAUGUCAAAUAGAGACCAGAAAGCAGCCAACUGAAAUAUUUGCUUUGGUCCAGACCUAGGGUGAGGCCAAAUUCUAAAAACAACAAUAGAUAUUGAGAAUAUUUAUGCAGAUCUUUAUACAGCAUGCCUCUUACAAAUCCUUUUUUUUCUGCACGAUUGUUUUACGAGUGCAAACGGCUUGUGCAGAGUUUUCGUCCUGCGCCACCUUCGCCAGUGGCUUUCUGUCUUCGUCCUGAGGUCCCCUGUGUUCUCUGCAUCGCUUUGCAGCUCAUCUCUUGAUUGCUGAGGUCAGUCGAUCAUGCUGUCUGAUAUCUCUUGUUUUAAGUGGGCUUUGGGAUUGCCCCAGUUGUGCCAGUUGGUGCUGGAGAAGUCGUCUCUCUCGGGCCUAUACAACGUAUGCAACUGGACUCGGGCAGUACUCGAACCUGCUUGGUGUACUGUUGGAGCUCUAUUGCCGCUUGUGUUGGGACGUAAUGAAUUUGUCAUCCUUCAGAGUUUUUGCUCACAGAGGUAUGGAGCAAGCUGAGGAGAGAGAGACUUCUUGUCUUGGGGUAAAACAGAAAUGCUUCUUGAGAGCAAGAUACUUCAGAAACUACGAGCUGGGAGUAGAAAUGAGUAAAGCAGUCUAAUCAAGCCAACUGUUCUACUAAAGGGGUCAGGUAGCCUUGGUGAUUCGGGGCUCAGUUACCAUGACGACAAGAAGACCUGGGGUGCUCAGGCCGAGGGGUGGGACCCCCCAGAUCAGGUUACCCUUCAACACGGCUAAGCUAGAGCACCGUGCUGAAGAGGCUGUGUGAGUCUGAGCUGGUCCUCACCUUCCUUGUGGCAGAGGAAGGAGUCAGGCUCUGGUAUUGUUCUGGUAGUAGUGGAGUGGCUGUCCUUCCUUUUAUAUUCUCAAUGCUGAAAAAAGCACAGAAUAAUUGAUUUGACAGUGUAAGUAUAGUCUAUAUGUUAAAGACUUUUAAUGUAUAGUGGAUGUUGUCAGACCAAUAAUACAGCUACCUGCCCUCUCUCGCCUGUUUCACAGUUUAAGGCACCCUUGGGUGAUGAUAACUUUAGCUUGCGAUCUGGGUGUAAGUUACAGUGUAAAAAGCCAUUCGUAGAGAUUGGCUCCAGAACAGGCAGCAGUGUGGGACAGUGGUCGGGUUUCUGGUGUUGAAACGGGAAGGCUGCAAGCUCAAAUCCCAGGAGAGGCACAGCUGUUGUAUCCUUGAGCAAGGUACUUCGCUCAGAUUGUUCCAGUAACAUAUCCAGCUGUAUUGGAUCGGUGCGAAUUUGUCAGUUUGAAAAUUUAAAAGCAUCAGUCGGAUGAAUAAUAGGAAAUGGAGCUGCUCUGCUUAUCCCUCAGGUUGAGAUGGAACUUGAUCUUGCUAGUUCUAAGCUGUAUUUUAGCUUAAUUAUUAUGCAAAGUGUCUAAAUUGUUUAAUUCAUGUAAAGAGCGUAGUAUUGAUAUAUUAUAGACAAUCGAGUCUAUAAUAAUGAAGUCCUUAUGAUUACAAGGAAAAUAGGUUUUGUAGGUCUUUUUUUAAAUCAACUGCUGAACACCUUUGUAGUGUUGGAUUGGUCAAUUAAAUUCAGAAUUAGGUCAAUUAAGUCAUAAAGAACAUAAAGGAGGGGUGAAAAUCCACCUCCAUCCAGGGCUGUAGUUGUUCCUUACAUGGCUUAGUGGAGUAAUACAUGAAAAUGUUUCUGGUCUGAAUUGAAAACGCCUGCAACAGCAUGGUAUAAAUUCUAAAUAAGGUACGUACAGUAAUUCGGUUGCAUUGUUUGAACAUAUGCAUUUUUAUUUUGGGAACAAUCAGUCACUGACAAUCAGGUCACCUUGAUAUGGUCUAGAAUGUGUGAAUACAGUACGUGUCCAGACUGAAUGCCACUUCAAGAAGUGAGUGCAGGAUAGGACACAUGUUAGGGAGAUGCUGGUUCAUGAUAAAUCACAGUGCUUUUCCUGUGUUGAUGACCAGCAUCUUAAAAAAUAAAGGGGGAGGGGGGGUUGUUUUCCUUAUAGAAAUUAGAACAUACUGGUAUUUGGUUUUUAAUAGCUAAACUAAAAUGUCUACAAAGAAGUUAGGUAUUGAUUUAGUUUUAGAUGCUGUACUACCUGGCUUAUUUUAUAAGCACAUUGAAAACCUACUAUGAACAGCAGUACACAAAUUUGUUUCCAAAGUUCUAUUUUUAAAAUAGUGUUGGCUGUAUUUUCUUCAGUGAAUCUGAAAGUGUUUUUGUCAAUGUAGUCCAGCUACGAUUAGUCAAGCAGUUUCAGGAAACAUUGAGCAUUGAUUAGUACCCAUGUAGGCUACAGAAUACUACAGUAUAUUUUUGUUUCAAUGCUUUCUCAUUUCCCCUACCAACUACCAGUAAGAUUAGUGGGGUUUUAUUUGUUUUAUAACAAGAUGAAUAAUUAAUGCAUACAAAGUUGCAAUGAAUAUUUAAAGAUGAAAGGGUUAUAUAAAUAUAUUUUGAAAGCCUAGCCAGAAAGAAAUCUUUUUUUGCUAUGGCAGAAGAUACUGCUAGCACAACACUAGCUCCCCAGGAAGAGCUGGACUACAGUGGCACUGUCCCGUAACGAGCAGACAGCUGUUCAGCUUCUGCCAUGUUGUGCUCUGGGGGGUCGGAAAUGGAGGUGGUUAUACCACAGCUCUUUUUUUUUUUAACUUGUGAGUUCACUGUUUCUCUGAUGAGAGAAAAAUCCUUUUUAAUUUUGUAUAGCAAAUCAUACAUUCAGAGGAACUACUGAAACUGAUUUAUUCCCCAUCUAAUGAUUCCACAGGGAUAACCCCCACUGUAUUCAUGUUCUGAAUCGUCUGGAUUUCUCUCCAGCCUCUUGACUUUUCUAACUUUCAUUUACUCCAAAGACGUCCCCAUCGAUUCUCCUAUAGUCUACUGCACCUCAGUCUUUCAUUCCAGAUGUAAUCCAAUACCAGGUACCAUAAUGUGUCAAUUUGAUUGGGUUACAGUAUUUUUUCUUCAAGCUUAGUAUUAAGAAUAACAGCUUCUCUAAUGCUUAAUGUCAUAGUAACAUUAAAAAUAACAGUGAUGGUGAAAACUGUUCUAAACUGUGUAGGCUUGGCAUGGAUCUAAUUGUUGAAGUUUGCGCAGCUCAACCAUUCUGGUGCACUAUUAUGGUAAAACUGUAACUGUUUUUGUUCUUGAUACCUCAAGUCUGCCAUCAACAACAAUGUUUUGAAAGAAGAGAUUUUAUAGGAUGCCACAUCCAAUUUUUUAGCAUUCUUGUAACCAACCGAUUUCAUAUCGGCAUGUUUCACAGCUGGCAUUAGAUUCAAAGAACCCCAGGGUUCACAGCAUGUAGCCUUGUAACUGUGUUUCUAACAUGAGCUGUGAACCGUUCAGUUCAGCAGCAAUGGAAGGAAAUAGAACAUAUCACAGUAGCUCCUCCACUCCUUACACUCUGCAGAAAACUGUACCAAUAAUUAUUUAGAGAUUGAUUACGAUUAAUUUGAAAAACUGUUUUCUUAUGAGAUUCACUUGGCCUGCACUAUAAAAACACAGUUUUAGUUUAAAUAGGUAUCUACUUGCAAAUGGAAGUUGCUUUUAGAGACAGUUUUCAAAACUUCGGAAAUCGAUUUAAGACUUGCUCAUUUGUUAAUCAUGGAUUCAAAAACAUAUCCUUAGGAUUUUGUUUUCUUUAAGGUCUUUUUGCUGUAAGUGAAUUAUCAGAAUGUAUAUGGUGGGGUUGGUACUCAUGGGGAACGUUUCUUUGCUAUUAUUAGUCUGUUUGGUUUUUAAUGUUUUUAUGUGAACAUGAUCGAAGAGCAAAAUGGCAUUUUUACUGAACCGAGGUUUAUAGAUUUUAUUUAUGGUGUCUAGAUACAAGGAGAUGAAAAAUGAUUUAAAAUUGGUGCAUCUAUGCACUGAUGGUGUAUUUAAUUUUUUAUUUUUAAAAAGUAAGAUGUAAAAAUAAUAAAUAAUAACAGAAUUAUGGAA